GCCCUCCCACUCCUCCACCUGGUUUGCACAGCUUCCUGCCCCAGGCACUCCGGACUGAACCACCAUGAGACUCACUGUCCAGCUCUCCUGCCUCCUUGCCUUGCUGGCUGCAGGCCUGGGCCAGGCUGUCAGGGGCCCGGGCAUCCAGGACCCAGGGCCCUGGCCACUGGAGCUAAAAGAGGCCUUCGCGUUGUUCCAGGUCCAGUUCAACCGCAGUUACACAAGUGCGGCAGAGCAAGCCCACCGUCUGCUCAUCUUUGCCCACAACCUGGCCCAGGCGCAGCAGCUGCAGGAGGAGGACUUGGGCACGGCUGAGUUUGGGGCAACUAUGUUCAGUGACCUCACAGAGGAGGAGUUUGGCCAGCUUUAUGGGCAUCGGAUGGUGGCUGGCGCAGUGCCCAAUGUGAGUAGAGAGGCGGUGUCGGAAGCAGGCUGGGAGCCUGUGCCCCCCUCUUGCGACUGGCGGAAGGCACGUGGCGUCAUCUUGCCCGUCAGGGACCAGGGAAACUGCAUGUGCUGCUGGGCCAUGGCGGCAGCAGGCAACAUCGAGGCCCUGUGGGGCAUCUGGUACCACAAGUCUGAGGAGCUAUCGGUGCAAGAGCUGCUGGACUGCGACCGCUGCAACAAUGGCUGCAAUGGUGGCUUCGUGUGGGACGCAUUCAUGACAGUGCUGAUCAACAGAGGCCUGGCCAGUGAGAAAGACUACCCCUUCCAGGGCACCAUGGAGCCCCAGGAGUGCCUGGCAAAGAAGUACCAGAAGGUGGCCUGGAUCCAGGACUUCUUCAUGCUGCCAGCCAAUGAAGACAGAAUUGCCCAGCACCUGGCCACCCAUGGCCCCAUCACGGUGACCAUCAACAAAAAGCUACUGAUGCAAUACAAGAAUGGUGUGAUUCAGGCCACCCACGCCCAGUGUAACCCUGAGAUGGCAGACCACUCGGUCCUGCUGGUGGGGUUUGGCAGGACUGAAAAAGAGGAGGAGGAGGAGGGCAAGCAGGAGUCCCGCCCCCGCCCGCACAGCUCCAUCCCUUACUGGAUCCUGAAGAACUCCUGGGGAGAGAGCUGGGGUGAAAGGGGCUAUUUCCGGCUGCACCGAGGGAGCAACACGUGUGGCCUCACCAAGUACCCAGUCUCAGCACGCGUGGACCUGCGAACUAAGAAGACCCAGGUCUCCUGCCCUCCGUGAGCCUACCUGCCGGAUGCCACUGACCUUGGCCUGUCCCCUCCACCCCACAUAGCCUCAAUAAACCUCAAUGCCCUG